GGUGUUGUCAAAAUGAGCCGUGUAGUUGUGGGCUGUUCCCUAAGUUUGUGGUUUUAGAUUUUCAAAGGGGCGGAUUUCUUAUUGGCUAUGGGAUCAAGUUCCUGAAACUGGUCUUCUAUAUCUUGAAAAAUGUCAUCGUAACAGGAGGCGCCAAGGAGCUUAAGUGUAACUCACACAGAGAAAAUGACGAAAGUUCCUCAGGGGUUUGAUUUCAGUUUCUUAAAUGACGAAGAAGCCAGGAAGAUCCUUCAGGUGCUGGAAAGAAAUGAGGAACUACAAAGGGCAGAGAAGGACAGGAUCAGCAAACUCCAGAAGACAAAGAGGGAUAUCAGAUGGCUUCAGGGAGUGACUGGUGAAUGGUUUGAAGAAAUUCAAAGAAAAAAGUUUUGCAAUGAAACAGAUGUUAGCCAAAUGUUAAAACAACCACUUACAUCCAGGCUAAGGAAGGGGAUGGCUGAAAACGAUCCUAUGGAAUCACAAACAUCAAGAUCUAAAAAUAUACCUAAUCAAAGAAGCCCAACCUCCAUUUCUUCUCGGCUGAGCUUCAAAUCAUCAUUUGCUUCCCUGUUCUCAUUCAGAAAAUCCAGAAAGGAGACUUUAAAUCUUCAAUCGUUGGAACAGAAAGGAUGUGACAGCCACGCAGGACCUCCUGUGUCUGUGAGGGGAACAGCUUCGCAGGCAAAAAUAUACAAUUCACCUCUGGAAAAUCAACCAGUUGACAGUGCAUUUGUCCCCAAGCCAGCAAGCAUGAGGGAGGGAAGUGGCAUGUCUCCGUGGGAUGCUUCACUGCUGGAGAAUGAGUUUUUCCAAGUUUUAGAUGAUUUGGAUAGCAAACUGGCUCAGGAACAAUUUCCAAGCUCGGUGAAUACCAGACCAUCUAUCAACUACGGAUCAAAAACACAAUUCAGUCAUUUUUACUCCAGUGGGAACAGACAUGGUAAUAUCACAGGAAGGCACAACAAUCACUAUAAUGAAACUUCUAACAUGUCUAUCUAUGACAUCCUAAGACCAGGAACCCCUAGGGAAGGCUUUAAAACCUUUUCUCCUAGAACAAGGACAAUUUAUGAUAUGUACAGGGCAAGGGAGCCCAGAGUCUUAAAAGAAGAUUAUAUGCAAAAGAAUACUUUUGGUAGUACUUCUCUGUGUUUCGACAGCAGGCAACGAUCGGCCUCCUCAGCUACAGGGUAUUUCACAGUAAGAAGCUUACAUUUUCCAGCCACAACUCAAAACAAGAGUGGGUUUAUACCACCAAGCCACCAGCAGAGCCCAAAGAGAACUCCUUUAUCAUCCAUCAUAUGGAAUAGAUCAGAUUCUUCUAGAGAUAGGCAGAACCAGGAAGAGUUCCUGAGGGCACCAUCACCAAUGGAAAUUGACCCUGCUGACCAGUAUAUGUAUCCCAGGUGUUUUCAAGAGAAUAAGAGAUAUGAAUUUUACCGUUCACAGAGUGUUUACCAAAGUGUUAAUUUACAUGCCCCCAUGGAUAAUGCAAUGGGUCCUGACCCAUUUGAGAACUCAGAGAAUAUGCCAUUCUACCAUCAAGACAACCCAUUUGCUAGGUCUUUCUUUGGCAAUACCUUUGGUCGAAGCAGGGAACAGAGAUAUGGACAAAGUCCUUUUUGGGGCCAACAGGAAGAACAUUCUUCCUGGUCUGAGUUUCAUCAAAGCAGGAAAACAUUCACUUCUUCUGAACGAGACUUUGAAAUGAUUUCCAUUGAAGCAAAUAGUGCAUCAGCUGGCCAUGGCUAUAGUGUUCCUUCUCAACACUGGGGAUCAUUUUCUCCUAGUUACAGAACAAAUAUUUCCAGAGACCAAGAGGAGCCACAUCCCUGGCAGUUUGAUUCUCAAGCAUCCACACUGGAGAGCAUGGAGGUGUCACAAGGUAAUGGGAACCAGUCGACUCAUGUCGGCACAGCAAAUGUCUGCUCCAUGUCUGGUUCAAGCUAUCACGUCAAACCUGGUGGGUUAGAAUGUCAACAGGACAGUUCUUCUAUAGAAGUACAUAUAAACAAAGAACCUUACUCAUUUGGAAUUGCUCAGACUCCAGCAUCCUCAUUCAAAACUUCCUUCCUCCAGAUUCCUGAUGACAGAGGCAAUUCUCAGAGCCCCAACUUUCAGAAUCCCACAGUCACUUUGCAGAAAAUUAAGCCUGCCUCUCUUCCAAUAAGAAGCUAUACACAAGUCACUGUGACCAACAGCGAUUCAGUUGAUUCUCCACCUCUUACUGAAAUCCAACCCAAUAUCUUGGUCUCAGAAGUGAAUAAUGAGAAAGACUUGAAUGAAUCUGUUUUGGAAAAAGACAAACAACUAAACAGGAUGGACCAGACAAACAUGACAGGUGAAAUACCCCAACCUGUUUCACAGACAGUAAUCUCUAACCCUUUACCUGAUUUUCAAAAUCCCCUCUCCCAGGACUCAGCCAAGAGCAACAGACUUGUUUUUAAUGCAUCUACUCCAGUAAGUUCAAAAAGGUCACCUGGAGUCAUUUCCAGGAAAGAUGUCUCCAAAAUUAAUAUAUCACACAGAGAUAAAGUCAAUGAACUAAAAAAAGAUAAGAGUUAUACCAGGAACAGAAAACUUGGCUCAGCAACUUCCCUUCCUUUCAUUCAGGAAAGCAGAACAACAUCAUCUUUUCCCAGCCCAAAUCAAGGUUGUCACCAGGAAGCAACAGUAAGUAAUGAAGAUAAUUCAAGCAUCAUUAAAAAUAACCACUGCAGCUCUGAACCUCCAGAAAAUUCUGCUAUUUUAGAUAUCAAGGAAGAAGAGUGUACCACAACUCAUUCUACCAACCGUGGCAAGUCAGCUGCCAGCCACAAUAUUCCAGGUGAUUCUUUAGAUCUGUCAUCAGGUACACUACCAGAUUCCUCACCAUCGACUAAUUCUUUCCUUGAUGCUCUGGUGAUCCCUUCAAAAACUACAGUGUUCUCCAGGAAAAGUCCUCCUAGCAGAGAUACAUCUCUGGGAGAAAGAGAAGAAAAAGACAAGGAUAGCAAGAAGCAAAAUGAUCAGUUUGUCCUAAACCCCUCAGAAAACCAAAAGAGUAGUGAUAGUUGUGUGCCUGUAUGUAAUGAGGUGGUUGAUGUUGUCAAACGCCGUUCACACCCUCCUUUCAGGGAGGGAAAGGGAAAAGGAAAAAUAAGACAACGCAUAUCCUGUAUUGAAAAGUUAAGCAAAAUGGAAAGUAGAACACCCACCAGUGAUAGCAGUAGCCUCACUGAGGUGAAUCAAAGCAAUUCCAAGGCUCCUGAGCUUCACACAAUUUACUGUACCUUACCAAGACAAUCAGCCAGUUUUCUCAUCAGUAACAGGAAGUCAGAAAGUAAGAUAAUGGCUUCUUCAUUUAGGAAUGGGCCACUUCCAUUCCAAAUCAAAAAUAAUGUGGAAGAUCCAAUAGGGAAGUACACAUCAGACAAAUUCAGUCCCAGUUCUUCUGAGUCAGAAAGCAAAUGUUCCAAAGUAGUUUCAGACUCAGUCUCAGUAGCCCCUGAAGCCACAGAGAGGAUGACAAAUAUGAAAAACAUUGGAUCUGCUUCUGUUAGAAAAGAAUCACUUCCCUUCCCCAUCAAGAGGGCUGUGUCAUGUCCUUCAGGGGUACCACAUGCCUCAGUUGGAAGAGAUGAAAGAGAAAAAUGCUUGGUCUCAAACAUGGAUGCUUCUGCUAUAAUGUUAAGGCCUUGGGAGAGAAUCAUUAACCCUCUGGAAAGUGACUCAUCUGUUAAGGAUUGUUCUUUAACCAAAAGACACUGCCAACAGGAAUACUUUCAAGAAUGCACUGAAAAGGAUGGUAAAAUUGCUGCCUCCAGGGCAGGUAUAUUUUCCCUUUCAAAUGAAGACCCUUUACCUUUUUCUUCAGACAUGUCAGGAAAAGAAAGCGGGAAAACAUUACAUAAAUUUAAGACUACGAGUAUGUUUUCUGUUUCUGGUGAUGAAGAUAAUGUAAAAUGUCUUGAGGUGGUUUCAAUAUAUUACACUCUACCAAGGAAACACAGCAAACAAUUCUGUAACCUCCUUCAAAAGUAUACACAAAAUAUUGAUUCCCUUACGGAAUUAGCUAAAGUGGAGACUGAAACAUUUCCUAAUGCUUUAGAAAAAGACAAACUAAAUUAUUCUACACAAGAGCAAUCAGGAACACCUUCUUCAGAAGAUCUAACGCUGCCAGUCAACUCUGCUCAGGAGAACAGCCAUUGUCUUUCUAACACAUCUGAAAAUAUGACUGUUUUACAAUUAGCGAGUAUUGGGCCCUCAGAACCUACAUUACAGGAAAUGGCUUCUAUUGAGGCAGAUGUUUCUCUUCAUAAUGGAGAAUCUAAAACUACAGAGAUUUCCCCAGAUAACUUAGCUAACCCACCACUUCUAGGUGAUUCACAAAGCAGGAGAGUGAGAGGGAAAAAAUUGCAAAAUGAAACCCUGCAUACUUCAUCAAUUCUUCAGGGAAAAAAAGUUGCAGAAAAGGAAUCUGAAAAUUGUCAGCAAUCCAUUAAAUCAGGUAACAGUGGUCCUUUUUAUCUUCCAGCCCAUUCAGAAAAUGUUGAAAAUUCCCAAACUGGGAGAAGUUCUGGGGAGCAUGUAGGUGGUGGUAUAGCUAUUACAGCCAUGGGACGUGGAAAGUGUCUUCAGAAAGAUAUCAGUGAUAGUGCCAAUGGAUUGCAGCUCGGGGAGGUCAGAGGGGAAAUUGGAACAGAUUUCCAAAAAAUGACUGAUAAAGCACUUUCUGACUCAGAAAGCCAAGUCUUUGCUCUUACUCCAGCUUUGCAUAAACUCCAGCUUGAUGAGGAGACUCAUUCAGGUGAAUCAAAUUUAGAGAGUUUGCGGUCUGAACCCAGGGAACUACUUCAAAGAAGUCAGGAGAUAAAUAUGACAGAGAACAGGAAGGCUAAGGAUGAAAUGCAGAAGUUGGCAUGGGAUCAGCCUUUACUUCCUAGAGGAAGUAAUAAAAAUAAAACCAGCUUGGAUGACCUAGAAAAAGGGAAAAAUAGAUCUUCAGUUAAACACAGAUUGGCAGCCAUGUCCAAAGCAAGCAGAAAAUUUCCAGCUAAAGAUCUAAGCCCCAGAAGACAUGUAGCUACUAUUUUCCCCAAAAGUGGCAACAGUUCUGACUUUGGUGGUUUAUCUCUUGGCACACCAGAGUGCAACCCACUGUUCCCUGAGCCUACUCCAAAGUCCACAGAAUCCACAGAUGAAAGCAGGUUUAGUAAUGAUGGAAUGGAUGUGGAGAAAUCUGAGAACCCUCUCCAGGUUACUGUAAUAUCCAACACAGAAGCUUCUACACACUUAAGCAUUCAGAAGUCAAACAGCAUGUCACAGCCACAUCAGAAUGAGUUUGAAAAUAUCUCAGAAUCACCAGCAAAGUAUGAGAAUUCUAAAGAUGUAACUGUAGCUCAGAUUUUGGAAAGUGAGUCAGAAGCCCUGGCCCAGCCCACCAUCACCAGCCUCAGGGAAGCAGACUUCUCUGACCACCCUUUUCCAUUCGAGACUGCAGAGAAAUCAAUAAACAUUGGGGUGGCCAGCUGUCAGCAACAACAAAGGAGUGCUUCCUCUCUCGAGUGGGAACCUGAGCCACAUCCCUAUCGUUCAAAGAGUUUAAAAAGCAUCAAUAUGCACAGUGAUCUGCUACGAAAAAGUCAUCCUCCGAAACUCAGGGAACGCCAUUUUUCUGAAAGCACCUCUAUUGACAAUGCCCUGAGUCAACUGAGCCUUGGGAAUGAAUUCUCUAACACCAGUGGGUACAGUCGAAGAUUCAAAUCUUUUUCUGAACUUCCUUCCUGUGAUGAAAAUGAAAAUUGGGCUUUGUGUAGCAGCAGGACAAAAAUGGGUCCCAAGUCUGCAACAUCUAUAUCCAGACCUAUUGACUAUGGAAUUUUUGGGAAAGAACAGCAGUUGGCUUUCUUGGAGAAUGUAAAGAGGUCACUCACACAAGGAAGAUUAUGGAAACCAAGUUUUCUUAAGAACCCUGGCUUCCUGAAAGAUGAUGUAAUUAACUGUUCUAACCCAUCGAAGUCAUCAAGCUCAGAUUCUCCUAGCAAUCAGAUACCAGAAGAUGGCUUAUCUCCAAGUGCACCACUUAAUAUCUAUGAAGAGGAUCCAGUGGACUCAGACUGUGACACAGACACAACCACAGAUGACGAAUACUACCUGGAUGAAAAUGACAAAGAGUCUGAACUGUGAGGCAUUUUCAAUAAAAUGCCUAACCUUUUCACCAAAAGCUUGUAAUGGAAAUAAAGUAUAAAUGUGUAUGUCCAUAGGAAGGACAGAUAUAAAAAGAUCUAGUUUGUGCAGUGCUAGCUCUGAAACAACCCAAAUUCUCUCUUUUUUUGUCCUCCACACCCUACAUAUACAUUUCCUGAAUUCUAAAGUAACGCAUUCUUGUUUUGAGGGAUUCGCUGCUGUUUUCUCUCUCUGUUUUUAUCCUUGGCCUUUCUCCCCACCCUCUAACUCAAUCUCUAAUUCACUGUCCAAUGUUGGCUUUCUGCUUUACUUUCCACCUAACUUUUUUACACCUUUCAUUGUAAUUUACAACCCUGAUAGCCCAUGCAUAUACAAAACUUGUUAGUUACCCAGCACAACCGCAAAACUCUGUAUUGCCUCUUCUGGUCCACAUGCCAUACUCAUGACAUUAAAUAAAAUGUAGGAAUGAUGACAAUGGAGUAAAUAUUAUCAUCCUGUUUGACUCAUCGACAUUUGGAGGUUUAGGGUUUGGGUUUUUUUUUUCUUUCAAACAAAGAUAAGGGAAUUUUCAUAAGGACAUCCUGUUCUAUCCAUAGUGGAGCCAGGGAGGCACAUGUUUGAAGUGCUUGUUGAGUUAUAGAUGAGGAGCUGAGUCCUAGUAAGCCAAAGAACACUAGUACUCCUAAAUUCCCUUGCAAUAGUUUGCAGAAAUUGGGUGAAUUGUUAAGAGCUGAUUUUUAAUCAAGUCAAGGACUUGGGCCAGGCAACCUGGCAGUACAGAAGGUGGCUUGGCCACAGAAUUUCUGCAUGGGAAGAAAACAUAACUGAGGGGUGGAGAUAAGCAGACCUCUGUUCAUGAGACUGACAUCCUUGCCGCAGCUCUCUCAGCAACUGUUUUUUUUCCAUUUCUCCAGAACUAUCCAUUUUUCUAUUUUCUUUAUUUGCAGGAUAGAACACUUCUUUCCAUGUGAGGCAUUUUAGUCACAAGUAUCAAGUGGUAGCCUUGGCCAAGUCCCUAAAGUGGUGCUAAGUCAGAUCUGACACGCUGGGAUUCGCAGGCUUCUUUGUAGGAUCAUUUACCAGAAUCUUGGGAAAUUAUAAGGCAGAGCUUCAGGGGCUAGUCACUAUGAUUUUUUCAAUAAUUUAUCCAGACUAAAUAACUUCUCAUACCCACUGACAACUUGCCUAACUCUUUAGUUGCCGUGCAGAACUGGGAAUUUCUCUCCUAAUCAGGAUAAAGACCAAUAGAUGGCAGUGAAGAUAAUUUGCUAGAACUCCAGAAAGCAUGCCACCUGGAUCUUGGUCGUGUGGGUCAACAUGAGUGGAUUUCAUCGUUUGGUUUAUAUUUGCUUCCUGACCUAAUUUUAUUUUCCUUUUUUUCCACCUAAUCUGUUUCGUCCACAUAAAUUAAGGAUAAUGAUAGGUGUUGGUGAAGUACAUAGAGAUCUAGAACUGAUAAAAAUGCAAGAAAGAACUAUGUUAUUAUUAUCCUCCUAAUCAUUGCCUUGCCUAGAAGCAAAAUGCCGGGACUAGCUUACAUCGUUCCCAUGAAACUCAAAACUAAUGAAGAUGUAGUAGCUAAUGUGAAAGCUGUUCCUUAAAUCUGUAAAUUAUUUUAAACUUAAGGCUCUGACCAAUCUUGAGUUCAAAGAGACUGAUAAUAGAAUUUUAAAUCAACUGUUCUAAACUUUUCCAUUUAAAUUUGUAUAGUAAAGAAUAAAUUUUAUUCUUUGUUUUAUGUAUGUUUGUAAACUCUACCUUUACCUUUUUUCUAUUUACCUGAUUAUUUAAGUACAAUUUUCGUAAACAAUGGCCUGUGUUUUCAAUGUAAUUUUACGAUAUUCAGAGUUAAUAUUUUAAUAUUAAGAUUCUUGACUUUUUUUUAAUGAUCAGCUUGCAAGUUUCUAUUUCAGUAAAUACUCCAAGUCUGCAUGUAUGUUACCAAAGGUCAAAUGAAGUUAGCUUAUUUUUCACUAAGUUUAGGCUAUAUCAACAGUUAGGUAAGUUAAGGUGAGUAUAAACAACUACAUUGGGGCCCUGAUUCUCUGCACUAGAAUCUACUAUAUGAAUUCAAAGGUAAUCGGUGGCCAAUACUCACUUGCACUAUUUGUAAUGUUUGCUUGUUGGUCUGACUCAAGGAUUAAGGAAACAGAAAAUUCAUGAAAAUAGCACCUUCUAUAGUUUUAUACUUUUAUAAAACACUUCGUUAAAGAAGUAUAGCAAAUUUCUAUGUAUUUUAACAUACAAACUGCUACUUUUUAAUAUUCGUUUUUUGGUAUAGCUAUAGUAAUUUAUAAUAGUCAUUUUUAUACUAAUAACUUGUUUUCUAAAAGAUAUAAUCGUUAUUAAAAUAAAUCUUCACGUAAGUGGAAUAAAUCAUGAGGGAAUCAAUACUAAUAAGUACCUGGUGAAUUAUUAACUUUUUUAGAUAAUGGACUUCUAUAACCAUAAAUUUUACACUGUAAAGUCUAUUUAAAAUAGGGCUUAAUGAGAUUAUUUUAGUUUUUAGAGACUUCCUUGUAAAUAAUUUACCACCUGCAUUGUAAAUACAUUAAUCUUAAUAAAACUCCAACUGCCACUAACAAGGUUUUGGCUGAUGAUAAGCUAGUAAAAGCUACUUUGUAUAGGAGGCAAACGUGGGCCUGUACUGGAGGUGGUGAAACAAAGUCCACUUAGGUUAUAGUGAAGAUGGGAAUCAAAUUGGAAAAUCCACACCUCCAUAAAAGUAAUAUACUCCGUUGACUGCCAGAGAGAGCAAGAGGCCUUAUUGCUAAGAGUUUAUUGUUUAUACUAGUAACAAUGCUUCAGAAUAUACCAUUUAAAUGUACAGUGUAAAUAUGUAAAUAUUUUACUUUCCAAGUAAGUUUGUGAAUGUAUUACCACAUAGGGGCUCUUUGUGACUGGCACUUCUGUGUUUCUGAAACAAAUAAACCUUAAGCACUUUUGUUAAAAUUUUGUCAAAUAAUCCUUUAUGUACUUGUUCUCAAACCUGUUCUCUAGAUAUGAAAUGUGUUACAAGGUGCAAAUUGAAAACAAUGUCUGUGUUGAAAUAAAUGAUUUAAAUAGAUGCACUGCUUGACUUGGUUUUAUUCCCAUCCUCAAAGGAUUAUUUUUAAAUGUGAAAGUUUCAAGAAAAAUACAAAAAGGAGAGAGGAAGAGAAAAGUAUUCAAACAAAUCUUUCUGGUGUCUAUUGAAUGAGACCAGCCAUAUGAGUAGUUUUUAAAAACAGUGACUUGCUUCUCUUUUCUUCUUUCAUUUGUACCCAAAAGCAACUAGCCAUCAAAUGGAGAUCAGUGUGCCUGGUUGCACAAUAGAGGAGGAAUGAAGAAGGUCUGGCAUUUCUCUCUGAGGGUUCCCACUUCUAUAGAGGAAGAGGGAGCAACAUGGAGUUGAGUCAUCCAUUGCCCAGUAGCAGUGAUGA